AUGGAUGUCCUCGUGCCACUGCUAAGCAGUGCUGAGCUCCAACCGCAGGUUCUGGCCAUGUUGAACAGCCUGGGCUCUUCAGGUGCCAUGCUGGUGGUGCUGAACAGCGCGCCCAAAGGGAAGCUCUCCAUCGUGUUGAAAGCACCCGUAGAGGUGCUUGUGCCAGUGGUGUCAGCCACCACGGCAGGCAGUGCACGGGACGUGCUGGUCCCUGUGCUUCAGGAGUCAGAUGAGCUGCUCUCCGGAACCCUGGUGCCUCUGCUAGGCUUGGUGACGGAACCAGAGCGAAUGGCUAUGGUGGUGAACCAGGUGCAGGCGAAGGUGUUGAUCCCGAUCCUCCGUGGCGUGCGCGCGGAGAAGCUGGCGGCCAUCUUGAACGGUCUCAACAAGGAGGACCUAGCUUUGAGCGGCUGUGCGGGGCAGCUGCUGCAGCUGCUGGGUACGGCUGGGAGGCUCCCGGCCUUGGAAAAGGUGGUGCCGUUGAUGGACCAGGCGGAGAGUGGAAAGAUGCUGCGCCUGGUGCAGGGCAUCCCGGCAGAAAAAAUGUUGGACGUCUUGCAGAGUCUGGAGACCAAAGACGUCCUGAGACUUUUGGAGACGCUCGGCUCAAGUGCGCUGCCGGCGAUAUCAAGGAACACCAACGCCGACUUCGUGGUGCGUCUCUUCAACGGACCCCUGGACUCAGUGGUGUCCACCAUGGCGGGCUCCGUGGCCUCGGCCCUGACGGAUCGGACCAUCGCGGAGUUGGUGAAGCAUAGCACCGACACCAUCCAGGCUGGCCUGGCGAAAGCGGAUGACGUCUUGGCACGCGGGCAACAGGCGCGCGGCGGAGAUGCCAUGGGCUACCAGUUUGGCGACCUCACGCGAGGCUUGCUGUCGAUGGGUCAAGAAAGCUGGGAUCGCGGCAGGGAGUUGGUUGAGCAGCACAGCAAACCCAUCCAGGAAGGCAUAGAGGCUUGGCAGAAGGAGGUGGCAGAGAAGACGGAGAGUCUUCAGCGGCUUGGGAUGAAACUGGCUGGAACUAGUGGAACCUAA